CGUCGUGUUGUAAGAAACGUUGUAUGGUGCUCUCUAUAAAAAUUAACGUUUAUCACAGAUUACGUUUAUAACUGUGAUUAAGAACUAUUUAAAAUUAUGUUUAUGCGAUAAUAAUUAGCUGGUGCACUUGAUUAAUAUCAUAAGAGUGUCAUUAUUGUAAACAUUUCCUAUGAGUGUUUACAAACAAUCGUGAACGUUUUAUUUUAUUACUACAAUAGUUAACAAUUAACUAGUUUAUAUUUUUUUUAACAAUUGAAUGCAAGUAGAAAUAGUUAAAUACGUAUUUCGAUUAAUUAUUGGAGUACGACAGUGAGUUAAUAUCAGUGAAUAAUUAUGUAUUGAAUGAUAUUCAGAAUUGGAUGCAUUUAUGAUGCACAGUAUAAUAAAAUAUAAUACUUGUGUAUCGGAUUAUUGACAGGAUAAUUUUGCUAGUAAUAAUACAGACAUAUUUUAUCUCUAAAUAAGAGAAUCAAAACAAAACAUUUCAUAGAAUGCAAUGCCCUAAACAUAAACACAGUGUAUCGACCGGUGUUUUGACAUUUAUUUGGAAAUUUGUAGUCUCAGAAUUUGAAAAAUUAGAGUUGAAUGACUAGCAAUUAAGUUUCGGUAACUCCAACUCAAAAAAAAGAAAAAUAAGAAAUCAAACUAAUCUGUUGUUAUAUUGGAUACUUAUAUAUUAACUUUUUAUUGAAUAUAACGUGCUUUACUGUGAAUGUACAGUGUAUUUAAUUGGUUUUUAGUGUUAUUCGACUGUCCGUAGAGGCAGCAGUGUGUUUAACACAAUGAUAGUGUGUUGGUGAUAAGCGGAUUUAUUUUACAAGGUCAAUAAUCUACACCAUAUUCUGGAUAUAACGAAAAUGGAGGCUGUUAAAAUAAAGGUUUUCAUUGUCGUUGUCACUUUAGGAGUUGUUUCACAAGUUUCAGCUCAAUCGCGACCACCUCGAAUCAUAGAGCACCCGUCAGACAUAAUUGUAGCAAAAAAUGAACCUGUGACGUUAAAUUGCAAGGCAGAAGGCAAACCAGAACCAACAAUUGAGUGGUAUAAAGAUGGUGAGCCAGUUCAAACAUCGCCAAUUGAUUCAAAGUCACAUCGAGUACUUUUGCCUGCGGGAUCUCUCUUCUUUCUUCGUGUGAUGCAUGGGAAAAAAGAGCAAGAUGGUGGUGUGUAUUGGUGUGUGGCGAAAAAUCAAGCUGGCAGUGUCAGAAGCAGAAAUGCAACUCUCACCGUAGCAGUGCUGAGAGAUGAAUUCCGAGCACAGCCUCAGGAUACUAGAGUUGCAGCUGGAGAAACUGCUUUACUAGAGUGUGGACCACCUCGAGGUCAUCCGGAGCCAACAUUACAAUGGAAAAAAAAUGGCCAUGUAAUAGACUUAGAAGGAACUAAACGAAUUACAUUAGUUGAUGGUGGAAACCUCAUGAUUUCUGAUGUCAGACAAACAGACCAAGGAAAAUAUCAAUGUGUUGCUCAUAAUUUGGUUGGUGAUAAAGAAUCUGCUGUUGCCAUUCUUACUGUUCAAGUAAAGCCAUAUUUUAUUGCAACACCGGAAAACCAGACAGUUUUAGUGGAUCAAACAGCUGAAUUUGCUUGUCGAGUUGGUGGUGAUCCUCCACCCGAAAUUCUUUGGAGACGACAUGACGGAAAAAUGCCCAUCGGUCGUGGACAUAUUUUAGAUGAUAAAAGUCUUAGAAUUGAACGAGUAACUCCUCAAGAUGCAGGAACUUAUAUUUGUGAUGCAGAAAAUGGUGUUGGAGCGAUAUCAGCAAGUGCAACACUUGUUGUUCAAUCUCGACCAGUUUUUACAAACUUUCCAAAGGAUGAGACUGUAGGUGCUGGCUCAGACGUAUCCUUUGCAUGUUCAGCCCAUGGUACACCGAAACCGUCAAUAUUCUGGACCAGAGAGGGAUCACAAGAGCUCAUGUUUCCGGGUAAUGUGUACCAAGGACGGUACACAAUCAAUGAGGAUGGUAGUUUACAUAUUAAAGAAGUAGUUAAAAAAGAUGAGGGACAUUAUGUGUGUAGCGCAAUAAGUCAAGCAGGCGCUAGUACAGCAACGGUUUUUCUACAGGUGACUCCUGUAGAAGAAGUACCUCCACCAAUAAUUGAAUUGGGGCCAGCAAAUCAAACACUUCCUGUGAAGAGCAUCGCUUACUUACCCUGCCGUGCAGUUGGCACACCUACUCCAAGAGUGCAAUGGCACAAGGAUGGUGCCCUAGUUUCUCUGGGCAAUCGAAUUACCAUGUCUAGCAAUGGUACGUUGAUUAUCAACGAUCUCCAAGCAAUUGAUGGUGGGUUAUACACUUGUAUUGCAUCUUCUGACUCUGGAAAUACAUCCUGGUCGGCUACACUAACUGUUAGUGUUUCAACAACUCUUCAUAAAACACCUGAUAUAUCAGCUUUGCCGCAAAACCCUAGUAAGCCUCGAAUAGUCAAUAUUACAAGUACUUCAGUAACACUAACGUGGAGUCCGGGUUAUGAAGGCAAGAGCAAAAUUAUUGGUUAUAAUAUCGAGUACUUCAGCAGUAAUUUGAAUACUGGAUGGGUCGUUGCAGCCACUGGGGUCACUGAAGAUAUAUACACUAUUACGGAUUUGAAACCUGAUACCAAAUACGUGUUCCUCGUUCGUGCGGAAAAUAGCCACGGGCUCUCACUCCCAGGACCACUGUCCGACGUCGCUCAUACUGCAAGCCAGAAUCAGUAUUCAGUGCCCCAAAUCGAGUUAAUCCGGGCCAGAGAUCGACUUAAUAGUGAGAUACUCCACCUGCGAGAAGUACAGCCUUUGAGCAGUACAAGCGUCAAGAUUAUGUGGGAUAUCCUUGGGGCUGCGGAUUUAGUUGAAGGUCUUUACAUUAGAUACAGAGAAAUUUCGGACAAACCAGAAUAUCAAAUGGUUACUGUACUUAAUGCUGGGGCUACUAGUUAUGUAUUAACAAACCUUAAAAAAUAUACACUAUACGAAUUUUUUCUCGUCCCCUUCUACAAAACGAUAGAAGGUCGACCGAGUAAUGUCAAAUUAGCAACUACUUUAGAAGACAUCCCCUCUGGAUCCCCCCAGAACGUUCAUGUUGGAAUGAUAAACAUGACUUCAGCAUUUGUACGAUGGGAACCACCACCAAAACAUGAGCAAAAUGGAGAAUUGAUUGGUUACAAGAUUCAAAUCAAGAGUAAUAGCAGCAACAAGGUUCUUGGUCAAAUGUCUCUCAAUGCAUCAACAACUUCAGUUAUCAUAAACAGUUUAACUACUGGAGGAUUAUAUACAGCUCGUGUUGCGGGUUUAACUCGAGUAGGCAUUGGACCAUUUUCCAGUCCAACUUUGUUAAAUAUGGAUCCGGGACAACUGACACAACUGCCACCGAGAACCGACCCGAGUCAUGGAGGCAUAUCCGUAGUAACUGAGACAUGGUUCUUAGUAUUAAUAAUCACGAUGGUCUUUACAGUAGUUGCUGGACUUGUGGGUGUGCUCUAUGUCCGACGACGACAAGCUAUGAGUAAACAACUUGGACAUCUCAGUGUUCCAGUUGGAACUGCUAAUGACAUUUGUCAAUUAAAUAAAGAUACCUUGUGGUUAGAACGAGGAUGGCGACCAACAAAUACACUACAAAGUUCUAAUGAUAAAGACUGUGAAACUAAAUUACUGAACAAUCAACAGAUGAUUGCACCCGGAAUUAUAAGCAUGACUGGAUCUGAAUAUGCUGAGGUGAAUUUAACAACAUUUCAUAAUGCCAGAAAACAAUUACAAGCACCUCCAGAGCCAUACGCUACAACUACACUAUGUGUAGGAAAUAGAAGUCCUGAUUCCGUUGAAGGAAGCGGCCAAAAAUCUAAUUCCAGUGAUUCUUGUAUGAAACCUGACUAUUCAAACUUAGAUUCAAAUCAAGAUCAUAACCAAUCAACCUUAUCACCUAGUAGUGACAAUGCGAGUAGUGUAUAUACUGAUGAAAAUGUUGACGUGCAAAGAAGACCUCAGUAUAGAAUGCAAUCUAGUGAGAAUCAACAGAAUCAAACUAGUGGAAUGCCUAAUUGGUGCGAUAUGCUUCCACCACCGCCAGAGCAUCCACCUCCAACAGGAACGUCACUAUCUACAAGAAUGCAACAGCAAAUUGCAGCUUUCAGUCCUCAUCUAGGCAAACGAAACGUCCAGAAUGAUUUAGAUGGAAUCAAUUCGUCGAAUUCACAGAGUCCACCAACUCCGCCAUUAAGAGUAGGAAAUAAUUUCUCGUCCUCUCCAACACCUUGGAAUAGCAUGCCUGCGCAACAUGAUGGAAAUCAUGGACAUCAUCAACAAGGGAGAUAUACAACUCUACCACCUCAAACUAAUCCACCUCCUGUGCCAUCUUUCCCUCAAGGUUUUAAUCAUUAUGAUUAUAAAAAUCCAGAAAAUGAAUACGAAAGCGGUUCCGUGAUUUACGGACACCAAAAUGGCUUAGUUAAUGAUUAUCGAUCUCAUGAUUCAGGAUAUAGCCGUCCAAAUCAUCCAAAUUCGCACUUAGAACGAAGUUCUGUAAAUGACGAAGUUUAUCGUCACAAUGAUGAUAUGUUCAGAAAUGAUAGUCUCUAUCAACCUGAAAAUGAGGAAUGGGAUAGAAAAUCCUGUGAUUCAAAUACUCAUUCAGAGCUUUGUUGUUCUUGCUCAGAAUCGAGCUGCCUCUAUGCUGAUACAAUGGAAUAUAAUAAUCAAUUUGGUAGUUGUGGUCACAACAAUAGGAAUAGUUCGAGGAAUAGAAACAACAGAAGUCCUCGUAGAAAGAACAAUCGUACGGCUUCACCAACUUACAGCAGUGACAGUAACUACUCGUGUAUUCCUCAACGACAAUGUGGUCCUGUCAAUUCUCAAGAAAGACUUAGGCACACUCGUAGCAAAGAUAAAGUGCCAAGUUUUUCAAGAACUGGUGGUUAUACACAACAUAACUCUUCAGCUUCAAAUACGAUGAGUAGUACGGGGAGUCAAAGGUACAAUAAACUCAAUAGUCUGUUUAAUCCAAAUGGUCCGACUGAAACCACACGACUGAGUGAUCACCGUGAGAGUUAAGUAUUCUCUAAAGUUGUCGACGACGUCGUCGUGGUAGAAAACUCAAACAAAGUGGGUCACAAAUCUUGCCAAGAAGAGAACAUAUACCCACUAUUGUAAUAAAGUUGUUGUUGGCCUGCUGUGAAUCAGAGUACUAUUGAAAUUGAUUUCUAUUUAACAAUGUAGAACAUUACUGACUAUAUCAUUUUCAUGCGUACUCUGAACUAAUUCUAAGAAAUUAUAAUUAGACUGCUCUUAAUCUAUCCUAAGAUAAUCGCUGCCAAUGUAAACAAUAUUUCGGAUAAUAAAUUUUAACGCAAAAAUGCUUUACAAAUGUCAUUGAUUUAGCCAUUAGUACUGGCAAAAAUAAGACAUUAUCAUUGAAAAAUCGAGAAUUGAGAAGAAAAAUGUGGCAUUUAUUUUCAAUAGACUGUAAAUUCUUCAUCAUCAUAAAAAAUAAUCAACAAUUAUUUUCGAUAUAACGUUCCUAAGUGUUAAGGAAAAUAAUCAUUAAAAAAAUAGUCGCAAUGACGCGAAAUAAUUGACCGUGUAUCUCUUCCAGGAAAAAAUACCUAUUUGAUAUUAUGCUAACGAUUAAUAAUAUAAAAGCGAAGUAAAGUGUGUAAUCAUAUCAGAUGAUUUUUGUAUAGAUUGUACAAAGUUAAUUGAUGAAAUUAGUCACUAGUAUUUAAUUUACAUUCUAUAUAAUUUACGCUAUACUGGUUAAAAAAUAGGAGACUGUCCUAUAAAUCGUACUUCGUUUAAAUAUUUUAUUAAUCAAUAAUUCAGAACAUGUUAGUAUGUUGUUUAUAUAGCAGUUAAAUGUUGAUAUCGUUCAUCUGUGUUUUAGAUGCUUCCAACAAAUUAAAGUAACUUUUUUAAUCAGUUGUAAUUUUUUUAUAUAGAACCUAAUUAUUCCCAUCGUCUUCAAUUAAGUUCUAAAAUUGUUCUUUGUUAAUCAUUUAAAUAGUAUAAUGAACGAUCUUAAUUAAGACAAUAGUUCUCUAGUAACUAAAAUCAUUUCUUCACUCUAAAAAGUUGCCUAUUAUCUCUUAACUGUAGAUAUAUCUUUGUGAAUACAGGUAUAAUAUAUAAUACACUAGGAUUAUAUCAAUUCGCAUUCAGAGCGUUUUAAUAUUUGUAAAAUUUUAUGGUAAAAGUGAGAGUAAAUUAGAUAAGAAAUUAGAUAACUUUGAUGCCAUGUAAUCGCUCAACUUUAGAAUAGUUAGUUGAUAUGUUGUUAGAAGAUACAUUGUAUAAAAGUCAUCUAAUUUAUAAUAUAAGUUAGGUAAUGGUAAAAAAAAUUCCAGAUUUUUUAAUUUUUUCAAUUAUUAUUUGUUUUUUAUAUUUCUAAAAUUUAUUUUUUUCUAAAAAAUGCAUUUAACAGAUCAAUAAACGUACUUAUAUUAUUUAAAAUAUAAAAAUUCGAUAUCUUGUGUGUGUAUGUCUUAUGAAGAGUCCAUCCAAUUCGAAUAAAAUUAACAUAAAGUAACAGACGGAAAAUGUAAUUUAACUUACUGAAUUACUGCAAAUACUGGUUUAAACUCUUUAGGGUCUAUAUCUUAAAAUAAUUGCUGAAAAUUCAUCGUUCAUCAUUAAUAUAUAAUAAUUCACGAAUGAUGCGAAUAAAUUUUCAGGCCAAAAAUAAUAAUAACUAUUAUAAUAAUUUUAAAAUUCUCGAACCAUUCUGUCACUGCAAGGGAUAAAUAUAUAUCGUAUUAUUUUUAUAAUUUAACAUCUCAUUAAAGGUAACAGAAUAGUUCUCAUAAUAAUGUAAAAUAUCAAGUAUACUAAAAAAAUUUUGACCGAAGGGUUUUGUGAAACGAAACCUCUAAGAUGAAUGUAUAGACCGAAAAAAUACACAAUAAAUCACAAGAAGUAAUAAAGAAGCUUUGACAAAUAUAAGUGCUGCAAAAACGAUCUAAAUUUUGAGCAAACAAUAAUUAUGAACCUUAUUCAUUGUUUUUCUACCAAACACAGGAUAUAGUUGUAAUAAAAAAAACCUAGGCUUGGCGACUAGAAAGCUUAGAGUCACAUUAUUCAUAUCAGUAUAAGAAUCUACGGAGGCAUUUAUAGAAUAUAAUUAAAAAAAUUAGAAAAAAAUUACAGAAAUAGAUUCCUGUACGGUGAUUAACCAAUGAAUAUGGGGGUGUUUGAAAUACCUUAUAAAGCUCAAAACAGCAGAUUGAAGUUGACAAAUGUUAUUUCUUACAAUCUUUCCCUUUGAAACUUGUAAAUAUCACGUAAGAAUAAUGGUACAUGAAUGUUUUAUAUAGGUAAUAAUUUAUUUAUUAUAAAAGAGGAAAAUGCGAUUGAGUCACGAUCAGGUCAACUAAAAUGUAACUUAUUGUAAUACCAUAAAUAACACAAACACACAUAUACAUGACUGUAGAUAAUUUAUAACA